GAUCCGCCUCCACGCGUACCGCACGAGACGGCACGGGCACGAAACGUCGGAUCCACAGCCAUGGCCUCCUCCGCCCCCCAGAUGGCGGCGGCCGCGCCGGAGAAUAGACCUCCCCGCUCGCUCUUCGACCUCCCCUCGGACUUCUUCGACUCGUAUGUACUCUUCCGGUCCCACCCCGCCUUGGCCCCUUCCCCAGCGGAGCCGUCCGAACCCUCCCGGCCGGCGCCGGCGCCGUUGCAGCAGCAGCAACCGCCGGAGGCCGCGGGGUUCCGGUGGACGUGUAACACCUGCGCCGGCGAAUUCGAUUCACUGCAGGAGCAACGCGAGCACUUCAAGUCCGAUCUCCACCGCCUCAACGUUAAGCUGAGUGUUGCUGGUAAAUCUAUUAUCAAGGAAGAAGACUUGGAAAAAAUUGAUUCUGAUUCUCUAUUUGACGAUUUGGAGGUAUCUAGUGUAUCUGGUUCUGAGGACGAAAGGGAAGAUGUGCCUGCAUCGGAUCACCGGCUCUCAGUUAAAGGCAAGGAAGACUUCAGGAAGAAACUUUUUUUUCAUGGUCAUUCUGGUGACACAGUUUCUUUUUGGAGAUGCGUGCUGUUCAAAGAACAUGAAGAACCAUUUUUUGACUGCAAAUCUGGAAAAAUGGAAAGUCACGGGUCUACAUCAUAUGUGCAUGAAGAUGAGAUGAUAAAUAGAGUGAAGCAGUUGGCAUGUGAACCUCGCAAUGCAUCACAUUUGAGGAUCAUUAUAUUAACAAGUGGUGGACAUUUUGCUGGAUGUGUUUUUGAUGGAAACAAAAUAUUAGCAAAUAAAACUUUUCACAGGUAUGUUGUAAGGGCAAAGGCUGGAAAGAGGCAGUCUGGAAAAGAUGCUACCGGAAAGGUUGCACACUCAGCGGGCUCCUCUCUCCGCCGCUAUAACGAAGCAGCAUUGAAAAAGGAAGUUCAAGAAUUAAUAGUUUCUUGGAAGCCAUACUUUGACGCCUGUGUUUGUGUUUAUAUAUACGCUCCAUCAAAGAACCGCCAGAUGCUCUUUGAUGGGGAUAAGGCUCAAUCGGUAUUGCAAGCAUGUGAUAUUCGUCCACUCCCUUUGACUGUUCAUCGGCCCACCUUGAAAGAAGCAAAACGCGUAUACAAUAACCUAACACAGCUCUAUUAUGAGACGGAAUGCUCUAUUAUGGGUGAAGUAUUACCCCUUGUGGAAAAUGUGACAAAGUUUGAGCAAAGUACAGAAGCAAGGGAAGAAAUAAGUGUGUCCCCUGAGGAACCUAUUUUGGACUCAUCGAAUUCGCAUGAAGCAAUGGCUAUACCAUCUAAUAAUGCAACAACACCUCUCCAUGAAGCUGCAAAGGCUGGCAAUGUUGAACAAACUAUGGAAUUGCUCGAGCAGGGUUUGGAUCCUUGUAUCAAAGAUGAAAGAGGAAAGACACCUUACCUGCUGGCUUCAGAUAAAGAAGUCAGAAAUACGUUCAGAAGAUUCAUGGCGCUCAACCUUGACAAAUGGGAUUGGCAUGCUGCUGAUGUGCCUAGUGCAUUAACAAAGGAAAUGGAAGAAUCACAAGCUGCAAAACAGGCAGAGAAGGAUGCCAAGAAGAAAGCCAGAGCAAAGGAACUGAAGAAACAAAAGAAGGCUAGAGAGAAGGAAAAGGAAAAGGAAAAGGAAAAAGAGAAGGCGCUAGCAGCGCAAUCACAACCUGUUGCUAAAGGCACUUCAGUUGGCCAAAUGGGUAAAUCAACUGCUUCUGUGCCAGGCCUGAAACAUAAGAAUCCCCAGGCUGUUGCUCUUUCGAUGCAGGCAAGGUACCAUUCCAUAGGUACAGCUACAAGUACUGCAGCACUACAUGUAUGCAUCUCCAUUCAGAAAUGCUGGAAGAUGACUGAGAUUUUUGUUGUCGUGGAGAAACAUACCGAGAUUUUGUGGAUCAAGGAGGAGCUCGACGGCGUCGACCUGGACCGCGUCGAGGGCCAGCCCGCCGGCAGGCCGGCCGACGUGGACCCUCUCAACAAGAGCGUCCCCGCCGGCCGCUACUUCGCCGCGCUCCGCGGCCCCGAGCUCGACGAAGUCCGCGACUACGAGGACAUCCUGCUGCCCAAGGACGAGGUGUGGCCGUUCCUGCUGCGGUUCCCGAUCGGCUGCUUCGGGGUCUGCCUGGGGCUCGGCAGCCAGGCCAUCCUGUGGGGCGCGCUGGCGGCGAGCCCGGCGAUGGGGUUCCUCCGGGUGACGCCCAUGAUCAACGUCGCCGUGUGGCUGCUGGCGACGGCGGUGCUGGUGGCCACGUCCGUCACCUACGCGCUCAAGUGCGUCUUCUACUUCGAGGCCAUCCGGCGCGAGUUCUUCCACCCGGUGCGCGUCAACUUCUUCUUCACGCCGUCCAUCGCCGCCAUGUUCCUCGCCAUCGGCCUGCCGCGUGCCUUCGCGCCGGCGAGGCUGCACCCGGCGGUGUGGUGCGCGUUCGUGGCGCCGCUGUUCGCGCUGGAGCUCAAGAUCUACGGGCAGUGGCUGUCGGGCGGCAAGCGGAGGCUGUGCAAGGUGGCCAACCCGUCGUCCCACCUGUCCGUGGUGGGCAACUUCGUGGGCGCCAUCCUGGCGGCGAGGGUCGGGUGGGAGGAGGCCGGCAAGUUCCUGUGGGCCAUCGGGGUGUCCCACUACAUCGUCGUCUUCGUCACGCUCUACCAGCGGCUGCCCACCAACGAGGCGCUGCCCAUGGAGCUGCACCCGGUCUACUCCAUGUUCAUCGCCACGCCGUCCGCCGCCAGCCUCGCCUGGGCGGCCAUCUACGGCAGCUUCGACGCCGUCGCGCGCACCUUCUUCUUCAUGGCGCUCUUCCUCUACAUGUCCCUCGUCGUGCGCAUCAACUUCUUCCGUGGCUUCCGGUUCUCCAUCGCGUGGUGGUCCUACACGUUCCCCAUGACGACGGCGUCGCUGGCCACCGUCAAGUACGCCGAGGCCGUGCCGUGCUUCACGAGCAGAGCCCUGGCGCUGAGCCUCUCCCUCAUGUCGACGACCAUGGUGUCGCUGCUGCUCGUGUCGACGCUCCUGCACGCCUUCUACUGGCGCUCGCUGUUCCCCAACGACCUCGCCAUCGCCAUCACCAAGGACCGGCAGGGCGGCGCGGGGAGGCCGCACGGCAAGGGGAGGAAGGCCGGCAAGAGGGUGAACGACAUCAAGCGGUGGGCCAAGCAGGUGCCGCUCUCGGUCGUCUCCUCCAUCACCAAGAGCAACUCUGCAGACAAGGAAGAAGAGGAGAAAACAGACUAGUUGUACAUACUAUGUGUGGUUAAACAGCAUUACAGGAUUCCAUGGCUUGAUCAGCAUAAAUAAGACACUUAUAAUA